AUGGCUCUUCGCUGUCUGGUGAUGGUCAUGGUGCUGCAGUGCACCGAGGGGAGCUCGGGACUUCGAGGCCAGUCCGGGGACAGGGCGUCCAAUAGCUCCACGCGCGUGCUUGGCGGAGGCUCAACUUCAUCCUCGGAUUGGCUACACUGGACAUGCUGCAACGGCUGUAGAACCAGCUUCUGCUCACCCGGAAGCGGUCGCUGCCAUGACGAGAAGACGAAGCCUUACUACUUCGAUUGCGACUGUUGCGGCUCCUGUGAAUCGCAGUUCUGCUCCCCUCGAAGUGGCACCUGCUACACCUCGAUGGAGAAGUACUACUACUUGGAGUGCGGUGUUCCCCCGCCGACUCCCGUUCAGCCCCAGCCGCAGCCGCAGCCACAGCCCCAGCCACAGCCUGCGAGUCAAGUUGAGGACGAGUCACAAGGAAACCAAGGUGGGCAAGGUGGCAUUCCCCCGGAGAACGGCGAGCAAGGCGUGUACCAUUUCUACGCUGGGCAGCACCUGUACUGCGAGCGCGAGGAUCACGGCACAUGGUUCAUGUACAAGUGCCAUGAUGUCAGCGGCAAGACAUGGUUCUGUUCCAGCGAUUGGAAGAGCUGCAAUCCUGUUUGA